CUCUCACGCACCUCUUUCCCCUCUUUUCACUUUCUCUCUCCUCACUUCACUUCCUAUUUAUACUCCCCUCACUUCUUCUUCUUCCUCAUUUUAACUUUCUCUCUCCUCUCUCAAAAACCUCAACAAUGGCGGCCAUUAACGAAGACAAGAGCAACUCCUCUUCCUCCCACUCCCUCUCCUCCGUGUACCUCUCCGACACCGCCGAGGUCAAGAAAGUCUUCGACAAAUUCGACGUCAAUGGCGACGGAAAAAUCUCCGCCGACGAACUCAUCGGCGUCAUGAAGGCGCUUGGAUCGGAAACCUCGCCGGAAGAAGUUAAACAAAUGAUGGAGGAAAUGGACUCCGAUCGUGAUGGAUUCAUCAAUCUCGAGGAAUUCGCCGAUUUCUGCUCGAAGAAAGUUGAAGGUGAUGAGUCUGGUUCGCAGGAACUUCAUGAUGCGUUUAAGAUGUAUGAUCAAGAUGGUGAUGAUUUGAUCUCUGCUACUGAGUUGCACCUCGUUUUGACUCGACUCGGUGAGAGGUGUUCUGUUGAAGAUUGUGAGAAGAUGAUUCAGUCUGUUGAUUCUGAUGGUGAUGGUAAUGUUAGCUUCGAGGAGUUUCGGAAGAUGAUGACGAAGAGCAAAUCGGAAGCCAAGACGGUUUCGUCGUGAAAUUAGGUUUUCUCUCUCAAUUUCUGCUAACUGUUAGUACUUUGAAUUGUUAGCGUAAAUUUCUAAUUUCAUCUCAAGUUUUUAGUGAUUUAAUCACGAGUUUUAGCAGUUUAAUUUGAAAUAAUUGUGUUUAAUACUACUUUAAUCUCAACUUUAUAUUGUGAAUUUUGUAAUUAUUUGUUGAAGUUCAUGGUACUACCUCCGUUACACAUUAUUUGCAACGAUUAGACAUUUUUUCACUGUAUUUUAUGUCAAAUCGUUACAAAUAAUGUAUAAUGAGGAUUAAUCUGCUGUCAAAUCAAUCAUAUUAUUCGAACAACAAUUUUGUACUA